UAUAUAUAUAUAUGUUCUAUGAAAAGUUCUUUUUUUUAUAUCAGCUGUUAUCAUCUGUUUGUUUUUUCUGACUGCUGAUUUAUAAUUUUUGUUUAAAUAUGCUGGGUGGGAUGUGAAAGUGUUAUUUGUUUUGCAUAUAUCUGGUUUAAAAUGCCGCCCAAGCAGCGCAAGAUUGCUAUAAUGGGUUAUCGAUCUGUGGGAAAAUCGUCCCUGAGCAUACAGUUUGUGGAAGGGCAAUUUGUGGAUUCAUAUGAUCCUACAAUUGAAAACACGUUCACCAAGAUGACGCGCGUCAACAGCCAGGAGUACGAGCUGAAGCUGGUGGACACGGCGGGGCAGGACGAGUACUCCAUCUUCCCGGCGCAGUACUCCAUGGACAUACACGGCUACGUGCUGGUGUACUCCAUCACGUCGUCCAAGUCCUUCGAGGUGGUGCAGAUCAUCUACGACAAGCUGCUCGACAUGACCGGCAAAGUGCAUGUGCCGAUCGUUUUGGUGGGUAACAAGACCGAUCUUCACAUGGAGCGGAUGAUAAGCACCGAGGAGGGGAAGCGACUUGCAGAUUCUUGGAAAGCUGUCUUCCUCGAAACAUCAGCAAAGCAGAAUGAAUCUGUGGCAGAUAUAUUCCACACGGUGCUGACGGAAAUAGAGAAGGCAAAUGGCAAUGUGCAGGAGAAGUCUUCGUGUGUGUUGUCUUGAGCGAGACACCAGCAGCGUCCGAAGUCUUACACUUCCCUCACUGUCUGUUGCUAGGCAAACAGGUGUAUUCUACUUGUGAGGUGGGUGUAGUUUUAAUUGUGAUGCCGGAAAGCCUUUGGAUUGUGUUCUCACAAAUGCAGCGUGGCAGGUGUUGCGACAUCACAAUCCAAACUCUUGAGAUAAAGGACUCUGAUGGCACUAGAUGUAAGUUUGUGAUUCAGGUAUAUUUUCGUUAGAGUGCAGGCAUGGUGGUUGUAUUGUUCAACAGCUUGUCAGUGCUUGCAGUUAUGCAUUUCUGAUACUGUUCAAGCUGUAUCAAAGAAAGUGUAAAAUUAAAAAUCAUUGUAUGAAUAAUUGCUUUUGAAACCUUAAUGAAAUUUGGUUAAGUAUAUGUCAUUAAUUUAGCAUUUACAAAUAUAUCUUUGAUUGAUUUUUAUUAACUUUUUUUCUACAAACGUGGAUUAUUAUGUAGAGGUUCUAGUGAAUUGUAAUAUUGCCUUAUGAUUUCUACAAAAUCUAGAGGAAAAAAUGUUUGUUCAAAUAAAUGUAUCAAAUCAGUAUACAUACUAUAAUUUUUUUUUUGGUAAUGAUAGCACUAAUUAUUAUAAUAUUUAGUGUUUGUUUCGGAAAUGCAAGUAACAAUGUUUAGGUGUAGUAUAUGCAAAUGAAUACAUAUUUAUAGCCAAGUUAUCAUGCCAUUAUAUAAAAAGUCACCAUUUUAUUGGUGACAUAUAAUUGUAAAUUAUAAACAUGUUGUAGCAAUGCACAAGUUUUAUUUCAUAGACUAAUUUUUGUUUAUACUUUAUUGUGUAGUUCACAUAGUUACUUAAUACAGAUUCUAAUUAAAGGAAGUGGAAACUUUUCAUUUAACUUACCCAGUCACUCUUACUAUAUAAGCUGACAUUUUUCAAGUUCAGUCGAGUUUGAGACAGGUCUUAAGUUAAAACUGAUGAGUUCGAGUCAAUUCCAGCAAAUUUUAUUUUUCAUAUAAUCAUUAAUAUUUGGUACACAAAAAAAAUGGUUCUAUUGAAUGUGUGUACCAAAACCUAACUCGGCAUAUGUACUGUGUUAAGCGAAACAAGAUGAGAAGAAAAUAAACAUGCUUGUAAAAUAUAUAUUUUUUCCAAUUAUUUUUAACUAAAAAAAAUCCAUAUAAUAACGUUGUUGCUUUACAUAAUUAAUUAAUAAUUAAUCAAUUCAUAUAACUUAAUUAAUUGUUAGGAACAAGAUUACAUGGUUAAUUGCGAUAAAGACACAAUAACACCGAACAGCAUAUCAGUGCACCAUAUAAACGGAAAGGCAAGUUAAUACGUACAUCACUUAACCCCAAAACUCAACAAAAAUCAUGAAAAUUGUUAGAAAAUUUAAUUAAAACUCAACUCAAAUUACAAAAACUUAAUCUUUUAUUAUAUUAAAAUUCUAUGAUUGUAAAUCGCGGGUGCGCAGGAAUAAGUCAAAUGUUGGCAUAAAUGGUUUUUUUAUGGUAUGGAAUAAAGGAGAACAAGCUCUACAAAAUGGUCCAAAUGGGUUAAGUCUAGCACCCUUGUGUGUUAUUCUAUGGCACUGAACUUUUGGAGUUACAUCACAAACUGACAGUUUUGGUGCGUGAAAAAGGGUAUCGAUAAGUCAUUUACAAUGACAUUUUGACAUAUCCCCUUUUUCCCACGCACCCGCAAAAUUAUUUAGCAUGGAAUUAGUACCAAAAUGUAUGUACCGAAUAGAUUGGAAAAUUUUUAUAUUACGCUAUUGGUACUUUUUUUUGAACGCACACAUGCUUGAUUUAUUUUUGUUGUUCCCAAUAGUUAUACAUGCUUAUUACAAAUUAUUUACUUGUAAAAGUGCUUCAUGUAUUAGUCCAGAUGUCACUGUUUUGGUAUAGUAUCAUUGAACUAGCAAGUGUGGUAUUUGGUGAAAGUUGUGCUAUGUUUAUAAAUAAACAGAGUUCAUAAAAAAAUAAAAACAAUAACACUGAAAUAGCUUGUUUUAAAAACAAAAUUGGCCUAAAAAUGAAACCUUAAAAACUGUGUCUUUGUUAAUUGUAGACAUCAAAUAUUUAUGUACAGUUAGCAGUUGCUACUGAUCCAUUUUAUUGUUUAUGCAACGUAGAUGAAAGUAUGUAAGUAAAGGAUGCCAAGGUA